AUGCAGGUUCUUGCUAUCUCCGUCGUGGCCCUUGUUGCCGGUUUUCUAGUUCACGCGGUAGUUCAGGUACUUCACGACCCCCUUUGGUCCAUACGAGGUCCUUUCUUUGCUCGAUGGACUCGACUGUGGGAGCUGAUUGAGCCUGGCGUCCCCGUCUUCUCGUGGCCAGCCAUUAACCAUCUCCAUGGCUCCAUCGUGCGCAUCGCUCCAUGCACCUACAGUAUUGCUGACCCCAGUGUGAUUCGCCCUGUAUAUGGGGCGGGCUCAUCCUUCACGAAGGCUCCGUUCUACUAUGCCUUUGGGAACCCAGACCCACCGGUCUCUGAUCUGUUGGCCGACCUAGACAAUAAACGGCACGCCAUCAAGCGGAGGAAGGUCGCCUCCUUGUAUUCAAUAUCCGCGUUGGUGAAUUAUGAGACCGCUAUUGACACAGUCACAGAGCAGCUGUGCCAGAGAUUGAACCAAUUUGCAACCUCCGGUCACGCCUUUGAUUUUGUCAGUUGGAUGCAAUUCUACGCAUUCGAUGUCAUCGGAGAGAUCACGGUUGGCGAGACAUUCGGAUUCAUCCAGGCUGGUUCCGACUUCAACGGCAUUCUCCGCGCCAUCCACGACAGCAUGGUAUACGGCAGUCGCAUCGGCAUCAUUCCGGAGCUUCAUCCGAUCCUCGCGAAAAUCACCCAGGAACUUCGAAUCCCGAUCCCCUUCGACCUAGUAGGCAAAUACCUCAGGAAGCAUAUUGACACCCGUAAAACAGCCGGCGAUACAUCCCCCAGCCCUUCUGCGACGGAUUUCCUCUCCCUCCUCCUCGCCCAGCAAGCCCAAGGCAAGCUCAACAACACCGACGUCCUCAACUCGCUAGGCGCCAAUAUCGCCGCAGGCUCCGAUACCACAGCCAUCUCAUUGAGCUCCUUCUUGGACUACACCCUUCGCAGCCCCGAGACCUUCCGCCGACUCCGCGAUGAAGUGGAUGCCGCCAUGGCCGGCAAAGCACCCGGCGAGCCGAUCAGCUACACCGAGGCCCAGGAGAUGGUGUUCAUGCAGGCUUGCAUCAAGGAAGCUCUCCGCCUUCACCCGGUGACGGGGUAUCCGCUCUUGCGGGUCGUUCCAGAGGGAGGAGCCGUGUUGGCCGGGCAGUAUUUCCCGGGGGGUACGCAAGUGGGCAUCAACCCAUGGGUUUUGCAUCGAAAUGAGGACAUCUUUGGUUCGGAUCCGGCUUCCUUUCGACCGGAGCGAUGGCUAGGAGCCAAGGGUCAGGUGACGGUCAUGUCGAAUCAUUUGCUUACUUUUGGGUCUGGUGCUCGGACAUGCAUAGGGAAGAAUAUCAGCCUGCUGGAGAUGUCCAAGCUCAUUCCUCAGAUCAUCAGACGGUUUGAUGUGCAGUUGGAGCAUCCGGAGACGGAAUGGAGGACGAGUACAUCCUGGUUCGUCAAGCAGGAGUUCGCAUGUUCGGUGAGGCAGAGGGAGAGUCUAUCCCGGGAUGGAUACUGA